AUGGAAGAAGUGGUAGACACGGGUCUCAAGAGAGAUGCUGUAAAACAUCGUUUGCGAGAACGAACUGGAAGUAUUUUCAAAAGUCGUCAAGAAACGGGAUUGGGCAGACAAAAGGGUGUAAGCCACGACCAAAUUUUGAUCUCUUCGAGCCCAACGUCAUUAGUGCAAAUCGCCAAAAGUUUGGAAGGUGACAUUUUGAGUGUCUCCAAACACCGAACUGUGGACAACGUCCUUAUUUUAGGAGCCACGGGACUUACCGGGGGAACCAUUGUUGCUCAAUUAGCACAGCCUUGGAUCUAUUUGAAUUCAACCGACGAGAUUCAACGCAAAGUUAAUAAUUUGUAUCCACCUAACGAGAAGUUCGAGAGGUCCGAGAAGAGUCAUAAUUUUCUGAAAAGAUCCAAGUCACCUCUGUGUAACGUUUUGACACGAAAGAAAACUGUCGAGGUUGUUAAGAACCUGUUCUGCUUCACGCGCAAACCGUUGGAAAUCGGAAAUGUAGCUCCUUUUGAAAAACUAGAUGCCGCUUGGGAACACACCGUUGUCUACAAGGGUUCUUCGCUAGUGUGCAAGUGUGACAAUUUUUUAUGCGAUGAGCAUCUGGUGAGCGUGGGGUAUUUAGAGCUUCCCAAUAAGUCCCAAGAGAAUUUUGGCACUGCAAUCGACAUUCAAAUUCAACAAUACACUUAUCAUUUGACCUACGAAAAUUCCCAAGAUGCUCACGGAGAAUCAUGUCGUCACUCACUUACCGUUGAUUUGAAGAUCAAUGUCGUUUCGUUGAUUGAAAAAGACUCUUCAAAAUGGCCUGAAUCAUUGAGAACAUUGUUUCGCGAGGAGCCAACGGCCGCUAGUGUGGUCACUAAGAAACUUGAACAAACGAUUGUCUGGAAUUUUCCUCCUCUGAGGCAGGUUGGAACAAUAAUAUCAGCCAUGGGCUCCACAAGUUUCCAGGAGCGGAAAACCAAAAUAUCCCGUCGAUUUGUCGAUUACGAAUUAAACAUGCUAAUGGUUCAAAUCUUCAGUGAGAGUAAAAUGCACGGGAUAGAAAAGAAGGCUGUGGUCAUUACAAGUUUUAACAAUCUGUUUCUGAGCUCCACUAGCGAGUAUUUCAACACAAAGUUAAACCUGGAACAAGACUUGGCAACUAACGUACCGGGUCUCGAUAAGUUAGUGAUACUGAGACCAGGUCCGCUAGUGGGGUCGCACACUCACACUGUCGCCAAUCCAGAUAGCCAGUCUGUAAAGCCCAGCUUUGUACCCACUACCGUCUUCAACAUUUACCGUUUCAAGAAGAGUUGCGUCGAGCACAAGCUUAAAUUCAUCAAAGACGUCUCAAACUUCGGUGUUAGGCUAAAACUAAGCGAGAUAUGUGCCAGAUUAGCAUAUCAACGUUCCUGCUCUCCUUUGCUUGGCUAUGUUGUUCCUGCAUACAAAGUGGCCUAUGCUGCGGCUGUAAGGUCCAUUUAUUCUCCUGACCGUGCUAGCUUCGUUGAACUCAUCAAGAGCGAUCAAAUAGAGAAAAUGGUAUAA